AUGCCAUUAAAAAGCUUUUUAACAAGCACAAAUACUUCUCAAAGAUUUCGUGUUAAUGGAUUAAUCCCAUCAUCACGUUUACCAAAUAAAAGACAAUUAUGUCAAAGUUUUCAUAAUCAUGUAAUCUAUAGAGCUGAUCAACUUCCACCAAAAGUUGACCUUCGAUCAGACAUGACACCAGUCGAAGAUCAAUCACAAAUUGGUAGUUGUGUAGCGAAUUCUCUUGCUGGAGCAUAUGAAUAUUUAACAAAAAAAGCGAAUGGUCGAAAUACUGAUGUUAGUCGUUUAUUUAUUUAUUAUAAUGCUCGUGUAAAAGAUGAAUCUUCAGGGAAAGUUACCGAUUCAGGUUGUACAAUGACAAGUGCUAUUGAAGCAUUAGAAGAAUAUGGUACUUGUCUUGAAUCACUUUGGCCAUAUGAUAUUUCUGAAGUCAAUUCUCGUCCAAAUAGUCAAUCAUAUCACGAAGCUAGUCAUCAUAAGAUUACAGAAGCAUUGAAAGUCAAUAUUAAUCUGCAUGAAAUGAAAUCUUGUCUUGCACAAGGUUUUCCAUUUGCAUUUGGUUUAAAAUUAUAUAGUUCAUUUGAUCAAGCAGCUAAAACUGGUGUUGUACCAAUGCCAAAUACAGGUGAUAAUGGACGAUCAUCACAUGGAAGUCAUGCACUAUUAGCUAUUGGUUAUAGUGAUCAAUCAAAUGCAUUUAUUGUACGAAAUUCAUGGGGUGAAAAUUGGGGUGAUCAAGGAUAUUGUUAUAUUCCAUAUCAAUAUAUGACAGAUUCUAGUUUAUGUUUCGAUGUAUGGACUGUUCGUAAAUUAGCUAUGGACAGUUUUGGCCGAGAACAUUGGGAUGAUGAUGAUAGGAUUGAUUAUUCACGUAGUAUGGAUAAUGAUUCAUAUUAUGGAAAUAUCGAUCGUGAUAGUUCAAUGAUUGAAACUUUUAAUGACAAUGAUGAUUAUGAUGAUUCCGGUAGUUUUAAUCGUACUAAUGAUUACAGACGAAAUAACGGCUUUAAUGACUACAGACAAAAUAACGGUUUUGAUGACCCUUGGAAUUCAUAUCAAGAUAAUGGAGGAAAUAAUUAUUCGAACUAUGGCAAUAAUUAUAAUUAUAAUAGAAACAAUACUUUUGAUGAUCCUUGGAAUUCACCUCGAACUUUUCAAGGUUUUAAUCAAUCGAGAAAUGAUGAAUCAUUUCAAGGAAACUUUCCUGAUCCAGGUUACAAUCAAUUUCAACAAAACAACGAUUUCUUUGAUUUUCCUAAUAAUCCAUUUAUGCCAUCAGCUCCAUUUCAAGACUAUCAACAAUAUGGAUCAGGCUAUGGUUAUACUAAUUCAUAUGACACACCUUUUAACCCAUUUUUUUAA